AUGCUUUUAAAAGUAUCAACUACACUGUCUUUAACCCAAGAUAAAUCUUUUAAACUACUUUUUAUAGAUUCAGAUAAUUCAUAUAAACUUUUGUUAAACGCCAUUGAAUAUUUUGGGGCUUAUAAAAAAUUUAUUAAAAUUCUAAUAAACGUAACAUUUCUUCAGUCACUAUUCUCUUAUGAGGUUGAUAAUCAAGAGACUUAA